UAGAACUUCUUCACUUUUAAAACAUCAUAGCUGUGAACAAAUUUUGCUAAAUAACAAUGUUUUCUUUGAUGCAUAGGAUAGGGUGGUCAAACAUCGGGAAUGCACCCCCCCCCCAUUCUAUAUCAGACAAAAUUGGCCCAAUCGGGAUAGGGUUAAAGGAGAUGAGUAGUGUUCAGAAAAUGGAAUAUCCUGUUUGUUGGACUGAUAGACCUAGACAAAACCUAGAACUUGGACUAGGGGAGAUAACUUGGUGGGGGUUCAGCAGCUGGAUUGAGCUAGGUCCAGCUGGUUGUUUAGUGGCAGGAGGAGGUGAUCCUAGGCACAUACUCUAUACUCUAGCUCAUAAUACAAAUGUGAAAAUUUACUUGUUGGAGCAAAAACUUGAAGUUUACGCUAAACAG